ACCAAUCAGACACCUUCACCAAGUCAAGUUGCAUGUGGAAAACCUACAGCACGAAGAAUUAAAAGAAUUAUUGAUGCUACUCAGUAUCAAAUUGAUGCUGGUCAAAAGAAAUUUGGUGGUUUUUUGUGCCAACAAUGUGGUCUAUAUUAUUCAAGAGGUGAACCAGAAGAUGAAGCGGAACAUGAUAAAUACCAUGCAGCCAAGGAUAUUUUUAAGUAUAAUAGUUUUAAAAAUGAAAAAGUUCUUUAUCAAGACACUGCUGAACGUAUUGUUGUUAUAUCGGGCUCAGAUUCUAAAAUGGCAUGUACAAAAGCUUUAGAAGUUAUAUCAUUUGUUGAUGUAGAACUUGGCUUUAACACACAAAAUUCUGUUUUGCCUACGACUAAAAAGGUUUAUUUGUAUAUUAAAGAUAAACAAGUGAUUGGAUGUCUAGUAGUAGAACUAAUAUCUGAGGCUUAUCGUAAUCUAGAAACUGAAACAGAAGACAUGGUUAUUGUUUCUGAAGAAUCGUAUCCUGUUAAAGUUGGUGUUAAUCGUAUAUGGACUAAAUGGGAUUGUCGUAAAAAUGGAAUUGCUUCAAAACUUCUAGACUGUUUCCGUAAAAACUACGCGUAUGGACAUAUAUUGACACUUCAUGAAAUAGCAUUUACAGUACCCACACGUGCCGGAAAACAAUUUAUUAAAAAGUAUACAAAUAAAAAUGAUUAUUUUGUUUAUACUGGGUGGUAAUUUUAAUUCCUAAGUAUAAUAAGUAUUAACUACUAUUUUUACUGUUCAUAUAUUUUUUUUUUAUUGUUAAGAUUAGAUUAAGACCUAUUUCUAUAAUAAAUAUUUUUAUGAGAUUGUAAUAUUUAAUAAUGACUAAGUUUUUAAAUUUUAGAAACUUAUUUAAUUACCAAAUAAAUAGCUUUCUUCAAAUAUACUAGUUUGAUGUUUUCAUAACUCAAUGACAAUUACAAUUCUAUUUUGAUACAUAUCUAAUUAUAAUAUUAUAAAUAUGUUUGUUAA